UAGACGCCUACUAGGUUAUUUCAAGAAUAUCGCGAGAACGUUGUCUGCAACUUCUUAACCAUCCUUUAGAAAUGCCUGAAAUUUGAAACGCCUCUAGUCUGGUCUCCCUACCGUCUAAGUAAUUUAUGUAGCCUAGACUCCGAUACCAAUCGGAUCUUCAUGUUCUCUAAUAAGAAACUCAACAGGCUCGGUGCCGGAAUCAAGAAUGUUUCCGGUGAACACAGGCAGCCCAAGCCCCGCCCUGCUGACGCAGGGUUUAACCUCAGUGGACGGUGGCCGGAAAAGGACAAUGGUUUCCAUGUUAGCGACAAACGCACUCCAGGCUGCUCUCUCUAAGCUGAUAGUUGUAAGACUGCUGAGGAGCGAGGAAGUAGUCUUAGAGAGCUGGUGCUUCUUAUAGAACAGGAGCCAUGCCGCGCCGGGGCCUAGUGGCCGGGCCAGACUUUGACUAUUUUAACCGUCGGUACUUCACGCCGUCGGAAGUAGCGGAACACAACCAGCCCGAAGACCUGUGGGUGUCUUACCUGGGAUUUGUGUACAAUCUAACGCCGCUUGCAAAGGAGUUUAAAGGGAACCUACUGCUGAAACCCAUCCUGGAAGUUGCAGGCCAGGACAUUAGCCACUGGUUUGAUCCAAAGACCAGAGACAUUCGCAAGCACAUAGAUCCGCUGACUGGUUGCUUGAGAUACCGCACCCCGCGGGGCCGUUUCGUGCACGUCCCACCUCCUCUGCCUCGUUCAGACUGGGCCAAUGAUUUCGGGAAGCCCUGGUGGAAGGGGUCGAAUUACCAGGUGGGGCGGCUGUCUGCCAAGACCCGGAACAUUCGUAUCAUCAACACUCUUACGUCGCAGGAGCACACACUGCAGGUGGGGGCUCUGGAAUCAAUGUGGGAAAUCCUACACCGCUAUCUCCCCUAUAAUGCACAUGCUGCCAGCUACACAUGGAAAUAUGAUGGGAAGAAUCUGAACAUGGAUCAUACCCUGGAAGAGAAUGGGAUCCGGGAUGAAGAAGACGAGUUUGACUAUCUUAAUAUGGAUGGCACACUUCACACACCUGCAAUACUGCUCUACUUCAAUGAUGACCUCACAGAGCUAUAGGAGAUGUGUGUGCAUGUAACUCAAGCCAUGUUUGAGUUUGCCUCUUUCUGUGCCUUGAGAAAAAGAGGUUUGGCUCUGUGAGGCCUGGGCCUAGACCUCUGCUACCCUCUGGGAGCUGACCUGUGGUUCUUUCUGCAAUGUAAGGGCCCUUAUCCCUAGCUCCUCUAUGAUGUGCUCAGAGAAUAUUGGUGGGAGGAAUACUAGAGGAGAAUGAAUUCUUAGAGACAAUAGGAAGAGAGCCACAGUCUCUCAGUGCGGAAUGUGCAGAGGAGGUGGAGCUCAGGCAGAACUCUGAUAGUAAGAGAAAACACAUGGGCAUGAAAGGAUGGAAGAUUUUUUUUGGCAAAGAUGAGAAUGAGAUGUUUGCUGGAAGAUGGGAUUUACAGAGGCAGCAUCCAGAAAUUCCUAUCACCAACUAUGGUUGGUGUGGUUGAUUCCCUUUCUAAAGGUGGUUAGCUGUUGACAGCACAGGAAAAGUGAAUGGCUGUCAGUUCAUUCAGGAUAGAAAUUAUGCUGAGAGUUUUAUGCUUUUUAAUACACUAUCCUAGAAGGUGAAUACUGGCAAUGCUAUUUCCUUAGUUUAGAAGGUUCAGGAGCACAAAACCACAUUAGUAACCGAAGAGCCACAGUGCGAAUCCAGGCCUGCCCAACUUUGAAAGUCAGGCUUUUUUCCGUGUAAAGGGAUAUUCUCCGUAGCCUCACUUAAUGCUAACAUUUCUAAUGGCUACUCUCAACCCAUGUGUUUGAAAUGUGAGCUUGUCCUGUGAUUGUUGCACAAUGGGGAAAUGUAGCUUAUUGUGUAGUCAGCAUUAACUCUGUUUGAAGGGAGUUGACUAGCAGAGCACUCUACGGAUAGAGGCAGGGAGGCCGAAUUUCAGCCAAGCAUUAGCUACUGAGGCUGCUUCUUUGUUAAUAUUAUAGCACUUUCUGACUGUCUGGGGCAACAAGAUAGAUAUUUACUGCCGGGUGGUGGUGGCGCACGCCUUUAAUCCCAGCACUCGGAAGGCAGAGGCAGGCGGAUCUCUGUUCGAGGCCAGCCUGGUCUACAAGAGCUAGUUCCAGGACAGGCUCUAGAAACUACAGGGAAACCCUGUCUCAAAAAACCAAACAAAACAAAACAAACAAACAAAAAAAACCAACAAAAACCAAAAAAAAAAAAAAAAUAGAUAUUUACUGACUCCAGAAAAAACCAGAAUGGAAAAACAGCCCGUAGAUCAGAACAUUGUAGUGAGGGGUGCAAAGGGGAGCAUGUUUCCACUUUCCUUUCACAUUAAUGGAAGGCAAGGAAGAGAAGGCUGACUUUGUAAGACGAUGAGGGGGCUUGAUGGGGUCAGAGAGAUGAGAGCUAAGGGAGGCAGACAACUCUCCUGGUGACUGGCUAGAUUUGGUUCUCUAUCCCUAGCAGGCGAGGGGAAUUAAGAAUAACUGAUAAAUUGAACCAGGCACAGUGGCUUUAAUCCUAGCACUGGGAAGGCAGAGGCAGGCAGAUCUCAAGAGUUCAAGGCCAGCCUGGUCUACAGAGUUAGUUCUAGGACAGCCAGAGCUGUUACACAGUAAAACUGUUUCAAAAACAAAACAAAACAAACAAACGAACAAACAAAAAAACAAACAAAACCCCACAAACAAGCAAAAAAAAUAAGAGAAGAGUGGCCUUCCCUGCAGCAGUGAGCAAAAGUGAGUCAAAGAGACUGCCUCUUCCUCCGCCUCAGGUUCCAGUAGAGGGUUAUGUGACCUCCAUGAGACCCUGGGUGGGAGCAGUUUUUUCUGAGAGGGUGGCUGUGGGAAGCAUGAACAAGGUGGGACCCACCCUGUUGAUUUCAGUGGUUUCUGAAUCCACUGAUGCUGAGGACUUUCACAUAGUCCCCUGCAAUCUAAAAAUCCAUAUUCUGUUUGGAUCAAUCAGUCACAAUGUUUAGUCAGCUCUGAACUGAUUUUUGUGUAUUCUUGUUUGUUCUUUUAAGUCCUAAACUAUUGGAGAACCAGAGCUAUAUUGCUCCACCCAUGGCAUCCUCAGGGCAUGCACAUCUGGAAUGCAGUCAUUUUGCCCAAACUUGUCUCUUCCAGAGCAUCCUGCUCCUACUUUUACCUGGGAUGGUCUCUCACGCUGUAGCCACCUGCCUACUUCAGAACUUGUUAGAAACAUGCUCCUUUCCCUGUACGUCCAAGCUCUCAUCAGUUCUGUCCCUAAAAUCUUUGGAAUCUGUUCUUUUGUCUAAUAAGCAUCUUUAUUUGUCUCAGUUGCUAGUAGGGAACUUCUAGCUUUCCAUUGCCACUUCAGCCUUCACAUACCUAAACAUCUUUCUGCCUCAGAUCUUCAGGGUGGUUCUCACGCUUUUGGAAUAAAGCUCUAAAUUCAAGAAGCCUUACAUAAGUCAGGCCUGCCUUCCUUGCACAUGUCACCCCUAGCAGCCCUUUGUCCCAUGUUCUGCACAUCCUGGGUGGCCUGAUCAUGAAGUCUCUUCUUGCAGCAGUCAACACAGAAACUGUUCUCAGCUCACCACUACACGCUUCUGCUUUCCACCUUGAUUAUCGUAAACAUUCCUUCCCUUUGUUUUUUUUUUAUCCCACCCCCCCCAAGUUGUUUUCAUAGCACUUGCAUUUUUCAGUGUUCUUAUUACCACUAUGUAAUGAUGUAGAAUGGAUGCAAAUGACUGGCAGAAACCCCACUCACUGCUGUAUUCUCACUACCGAGCACAUAAGCUGCUGCUCAAUAAAUGUGACUGGAUGAGCUCA